UCUUUUCUUCUUCCAUUAACCCCUUUUCUUUCAAAACCCUAAAAUCCCUUCUCAGUAAUGAAGCCAACCAACAUCAUCUGCAUCCUCCAUUCAACGACUUGGCCACCAUCAAUAACAUUCACAUCUCCUUCAAGGUCUCACCUUUCCAUUUUGUUCUUCUCCGUCGCAGCCCAAGACGCUCUUUGCCUUCGAACAAGAGGAUUUCUGACAGUGGCGGUGACGGCCAGCCUCAUUGAUGACAACAGCCUCCUUGCGCAGAGAUCACUUACCUUUCUUGUGUACUCGGUCUGUGUCGUUCACGAAAGCGAGAGCACUUUUCUCUUGCGGGCGAAGGCGCGACGCGGGAAGAGAGAACCUCAUGCGGAAACAGAAACCAUGGUUGGAGUUGUGAGAACUGGUCGCCGGCACAAUUUCUGAAUUUUUGCUUUGGUUGAGUUCGUGCAGUGGUGAGGACUGGUCGCCGGUGGAAACCCUAGAGGCCAAGCUUCAAGCUUCUCAAGACUAACAGUGGCCGCGAAUGUCUGCAUUCAGUUAAAUCCCAAUUAGCUAAUCUUUUUCUUUUAUUUUCUUUUUUUGAAAAUUUGAUGAUGGGAAUUUUGGUUUUUUUAACAGUAUGAAGUAAGUAUGAACUCAAUGUAAUUUGGUGUAAUUUUGAGUUGAUACCUCACUGCUUGGUAGAAGAUAUGGAACCAUGGAAGAUUGAAUUUGGGUUUGGGACUGCACUUAAAUUUUUAGGUUUUUGCCCAUUUUAUCCUUU